GCUCGCUAGAAUCCCUAUUAUAAAAUUUUAGCUAGCUUCACAUCAAUUUCUCGAAAAUCUCGAAGAUUCGCGUUGGUCCAUCCAACAAAGAAGCAUUACAACAACUGCCCGAGUUGACUCUGUUCAAAUUCUUCUAGUCCUCUCUGGUAGAGGACAGGAGUUUCAUCGGCUUGCACCAUAUCGUUCCAGGUGGCUUGGCGCUGGAGAGCAUAGCAAUCUCCUCCCAACAGCUGUUGUGGAGAUAUGGCUUUGUCCCGGCGACGGGCCCAUCGAGAUAUAUCCAUUGCUCACGACCAACUCCCUAUACCUAGAAGAUCUGCGACAUCAAACUUUUCGGCGACACAAAGCGCGUGGUGCGGAAAAGUUGUUUCACAAGAUCUCGAGCCGCAAGCAAACUAUGGCCAUCCCGAGCAAUUUUUUAACCCGAGUGGCAAAUUUGAAACUUUGAAUUCAAGUUAUGCGAUAUCCACCAACGUCAGAUUCACCGAAAGUAAAUAUGAUGACAGAGACUCCGUUAGGCUGCAGACACAACAACGACACAGAGGCCCUCAAAAUGUUGAAUUUCGUUUUGAUAGCCUCCCGGGACCAAACAUCACAACCGAUACGAACACUGGAUGGGCGAGCCUAGCGGGAUCUGGGCCAGUCAGCGAACCCGCCCCGGCUUUCUCUGCAACGGUACCGCGUAACGGCCAGAGACAGAGUAAUUCGACAGUGCCAACGGUACCGCAACCCCUAAUUCGAUCCAACCUUGGAUGUACUCCGUCCGGUUCGAUCUACCCUGCUAUGGAGACUCCUGGAGGGCAGCAUUAUAUCCCAAGGGUACAGACCCAAAUACAUGAGUUCAAAAACUGCAACAGUAGUUGGGAAGGGGAUAGGAAGGAUGAGAACAUGUCUGCGGAUGGUGGGUCUCAUCAACAUGGAUACAUCUACCCAGGAUGGGCCGAGCCCAUGACUAGAAUGCCAUAUAUGCCCAUAUCACGCACCUCGGAUACAAACACCGAAUCAGCAUAUCCUACCACCAUUGAAUGUCUAGAACAAACGGGCAACAGAGGAUAUGUCCCAGAUUUCACAGCAGAAACAACAAACGGGUGGUGGCAUGGAGCGCAAAACUUUAUCCAACAACCGCAACGAUGGUCUAAUGGGGUAAACAAAGAUUUCUCUGCGUCGUUGAUCACCCAGACCAGUCUGCCAAUCGCACAGAGUGACUGGAAUGAGCUGCACACAACCCCUCUAGGCAACCAAUGCAGCCCAGAAUCUUCGUUCUCUUCAUGCUUUACUCCAGACACACUUCACGAGCCGGUAAAUUUCGAUUCUCUAAGUUUCCACGAUAUGAACAUGGCGAUGGAAUAUUUUGAUCAAAAUCCCGGACGUGAAAGGCUCACCGAAUGGCAAGGCCAUUUGACAGGCGAUGAGCCCUUUGAGCCAAACGAGAUCCCAGCCAUAAAGCAACCAGGGAGGCCCCGAAAGAUGAAGCGAUGUGAGGCCCAGAGAACAGCAAGCAUCGGCACCCAGCGUGCCAGUGAAAAAGAUGAAUUUCUGAUCCAGUGCAAACGCGCAGGAAUGCCGUAUAAGGAAAUUAAAGAAAAGGGAAACUUCUUCGAGGCAGAGUCAACGCUAAGAGGACGGUUUAGAACACUAACUAAGCGAAAAGAGCAGCGGGUAAGGAAGCCAGGAUGGCAGGAAAAGGAUGUGCGACUGCUUUGUGAAGCCGUGCGGAAAUACGCUAAUCCGAUACAAGAUGGCGUAGGAGAGGACAUCAAGGAUCCUAAAAUAUCAUGGAAGCAAGUGGGGGAAUAUAUCUCGAAAAACGGCGGCUCGUACCAUUUCGGCAAUGCCACGUGUAAGAAGAAAUGGUCACAGAUCCAACAAGAUAUUAUAACACUACGGCCAGAACAUCAGUUCGGUUGAUCGCAGAACAGAAGUUAUAUCUGGGGAGGAGAAAGCCGUAUACGCACCGUAAUAAAUACCUUAAUAUAUCCAUUUAUAUAUAAUCGAGUAAAUAAAUUUCA